AUGUUUAUUUCGGAUGAACUGGGCUGCUGCACGAAAACGAAGGCAAAAAUUAUCGUAAAACAAAGUGCAACACCAAUAUUUAAGCCAAGACGUAAUGUACCGUUCGCGGCACUAGAACAAGUAAAUAAGGAACUUGAAAGCCUAGGAAUAAUCGAAAAGACGGACCACUCAGAUUGGAGAGCGCCUACGGUCUACGUAAAAAAGAAAAAUGAUAAGUUACGAGCUUGUACAGAUUUUUCAACGGGAUUAAACGAUUGCCUAAACUCACAUAACUACCCGUUGCUGAGUCCUGAGGAAGUGUUCGCAAAAUUGAAUAGAGGGAAAUUCUUCUUAAAAUCAGACCUCUCGGAGGCAUACUUACAAAUACAAGAAGAAUACGCACACUUAUUAGUCAUUAAUACACACCAUGGCUUAUUUAAAUUGAAGCGGCUUUCCUUCGGUGUAAAAGUUGCUCCUUCCGUAUUUCAACAAAUAAUGGAUACAACACUGGCGGACUGUGAUUUUGCUAUCGCCUAUUUAGACAAUAUCCUAAAACAAAAAAAAAGCGAAUCACACGAACAUGUAGAACGCGUUAAAAUGGGUAUUCGGAAAGAUAAGAGAAUAUGGCUUUAA